AUGACAACUAUAAAAGUAUCUACUGGAGUUCUUACUAACGUCGAUGGAUCCUCGCAGUUUGAGUGUCGUGAUACCAAGGUCCUCUGCGCCGUAACAGGACCAGUUGAGCCCAAAGCUAGGCAAGAACUGCCCACUAGGUUGGCACUUGAAGUGGUUGUUAGACCCGCCAAGGGAGUGCCUAAUACUAGGGAAAAGCUGAUGGAAGAUCGUCUGAGAGCAGUGCUGACACCAUUGAUCGUUUGCAGCAAGUACCCGCGCCAAUUGUGCCAAAUAACAUGUCAAAUCCUUGAAGCUGGGGAAGAUGAAGGCGAGUUUUCACAAAAGGAGUUGAGUUGUUGUAUCAAUGCGGCCUUCUUGGCACUCAUUGAUGCCCAGCUUGCUUUACAUAGUUUUUCUUCAAGCGUAUCGCUGGCUGUGUUGAAGGAAUCAGGCGAAUUAGUGCUGAAUCCUACUGGCGAUCUGUUAAAAGUGUCGCUAUCAGCACACACACUUGCUUUAGAGCUCACAGAUGGUAGUAAGAAAGUGGCGAAUGUUUUGCUGCUCGAUAGUAAUGGAGACUUCACCGAUGCACAACUUUUGAAGGUCUUACAAGUUGGUGAACAAGGCUGUCUAGAACAAGCACAAUUCAUGAGAAACUUCCUGGCUGCAAAGAUAACAGAUGAAAUAGUACGAACAAAGGUAAAUGAUAAUGGUAAUUGA